UAUUGUAGACGUAACGACUGCACACACGAACGAGCGAGAGGAGACCCUGGGUUAUAUGAACGGUUGGUGGCGAGAGAGGAGAGAGUUUUUUCAAGAUCAAAUUUGUUUGAUUUCAUUUCAAGUGGAGGGAGGAAGAGGCGUGUUAGAGUAACAGAUGCAACUACACGAGCGAGCGAACGAGCCAGAGUGUUGGCUGUUUUUUUUUCAGUUUUAAUUGGAUCGUCGGUGAUGUCUGACUGUGCGUCAAUCGCAGCAGCUUGUCAUCAGAGCAGCCACAAUCAUCGAGUUCAAUAGAGGAGUGGAACAGAAUCCCCAUUGAAGAGGCGAUUGAUCAAGGAAUCGAAUUACUUUUUCCCCCCUAUUGUCCGCCACACAACCUGUCGAGUGCUCUCUUUUUGACUUUGAACAAGAGUUUCUACUUUUAAUAACGGGAUGGAGUUCGUGGCCGACGGCGCCGACAACUGCAGCCACUUGAACAGCGCCAGCGAUCGGCUGAUGGCGAUCCUGCAGAACGGCCAUCACAUCAACACCAGCGCCGCCGACGCCAAUGACCUGGGCAUUUACAACGACAUUUUUCUCAGCAGGUCUUCCUUGGGACUGAGGCGCUUUUCGGGUGUCAUGACGAUCUUCAUCAUCGUGAUGGGUGUGUUGGGUAACGCCUUGACUAUCGCCGCGCUCAUCAAGUGUCCGAAAAUACGAAACCUGACGGUGGCUUUCAUCACCAGUUUAUGCGUGGCGGAUUUCAGCUUUUGCGUCAUGGUGAUGCCGUUUACCGCCUACCGUUUCCUCAACGACCGCAAUUACUUUGGAGACGAAGACGUCAUGUGCAUUAUCUUCCCAUUGGUUCAAUACGCCAACGUCGGCGUUUCUUUACUCUCCAUCGCCAUGAUCACCAUUAACCGAUUCGUGAUGAUUGCCUAUCCGCAUUGGUACAAGAGAAUCUACACCCGUCGCAGCGUCGCCGGAAUGGUGGCCUUUGCCUGGAUUUUCUCCAUUUCCACGCUGAUGCCCACCUUGUCUGGUCGAUGGGGGAAAUUUGGUUUUGAUACUUGUCUGGGUUCGUGCUCCAUCGUCGGAUCCAAAGGCCCGAAAACGACAUUGUUCCUGAUCGGAUUCCUCACACCCUGUUUGGCUAUCGUUAUCUGCUACGCCGGAAUCUUUUGGACCGUGAACAAGUCGAGAACGAGAGUUCAGGGACAUGCCGGAACGACCGCCGCGGCUCCCGGUCGCACUGGAAGCGAUUGGCGUCUGACUAAAAUGAUCCUCAUCAUUUUCGUUUCGUUCAUCGUCUGCUACUUGCCCACCGCCAUCAUCAAGAUUGUGGACAAGGAAGUUAAACGUGCCGAUGCCCACGUGAUCAGUUACGUCUUGAUCUACUUCUCGGCCUGCAUCAAUCCCAUUAUCUACGUGACGAUGAACCGACAAUUCAGACAGGCGUACAAAGACGUCCUCUUCUGCACCGGCUGGACAACGGAAACAAAACAUUUCACCAAUAGCGCAUCGGGCUUACACGGCGCAGUCAACAGGACCGCCAUCUCGAAUGCAUCCGUGGCGAUGACGUCUGCUGUGCACCACCCGGAACCAGAGCGACUCGCUGCCAGCCAAAGUAAACGAAUCUCCAGCAAUCCAGUCGACAUUCCUCUCCACCGAUUGAGUAACGCCUGUUGAUCAGCAGCACUACAUCAUUAUCAAGUCGUAUAUAGAGUCAUUAAUAAGCCUUAUGCUCCUCGCGAUGGCCUUUGAUUUCAGUUACAUUUUGGGGGGGAUUGUUUCGUUAGAUAUUUUUUAAAAUUAUUAUUAAACGACGACAUGAAUCCUAGUGGGUAGGAAUGACAGGGAGAACUCGUCUCACACACGAAGAUAAAUUGGUCAUUUCCUUAUAGACUGAGCGCAAUUCCGUGUCUCCCCAAUUCCCCAUGUCUCAUACAAACGUUGACGAUUGACGUGUAAUAAAAACGGAAAAAUGUG